ACGUUAAUCAGCCCUUACAACACUGGUCCUGUUUUAUUUCGGCGAGAUAACUGACAAUUUGUUCAAUGUGAAUUGAAUAGUGCAAGAAAGUUUCUGUUUUCAUGUCAGUGCCUAAUAGGUACUAUGAGUCUACUUACCUACCUACCCUAGACCUUGGUGCAGUGAUUGUUGGGUCACUGUUACCGGCUGCUGCGGGUUCGAUUUCCGCACAAAACAAGAAUGAAAACUUCGUGGGAAUCCUGCGGCUAAAAAAAACUGGUUAUCUGUGGUUGCUCCUAUGUACCUACUCCGUUUGAUAGGCCAUCCCAAAGAGUAUGAUUAGUAAGGGCCAUCCACUGAUAUGAUAUAAAUCUAUGGGGCCAUCCUACAGUCGCUCGCUCCACCAUAGAUGCAUAGAUAGGUGUUCUCUUUUUCAAAAGUUGUCAUAUUUCUCCGAUAGACUAUAGACAUGACCAUCGUCAUAUUUUGAAGUUAAUCUUAUUUCAUUGUAUUUUUAUAACGUUUACACAUGGACAUCUAAAUUAAAAACUACCAUGGGUCGAAUGUCGGGUAUAAAAUGGGAAAAAGCUACACAAUGUCGACCUGUUCACAACAUCAUUUCUUCAGAUUUUCCCAAGUAUAACCCCCAACCAUGGAAGUUUAUGGAAGGUCACCCACGUAUUGAAUGGUUGCUCUCAUACGAGUAUCAGAGAAUGUGGAUAGAUGAAAUUGAAGCUUGGAAAAAGCGAAUGUAUCCUGAAAACACCACAGUAAAUGUAGACGUUGUGAAACGUUAUGUUCUUACUUUUAAAACUAAUCAUCAACCUGCAAAACCAGAAAAGAAGAAACCAUUUAAAAUGAAAAAGUUUGAAGGUAUUAAAGGUAAACUUGAUUCUAAACGUCCACCAAACGAUAAAGCGACGAAAGGAAGCAUAUCUCAAGAAAAUAGUAAAGGCGAAUAAAUAAUAUAGAAAUGACGUUUAGUGA